UAUGUGUGCAAGAGACAACCAUAGCCCAAAACCGAGCGCCACUUGUCUCCGAUCUAUGAUUUUGCCUUAUCUCAGAAUCAAAUUUCGAAUAUCUUUGCUGGUAUUGGUGCAACCUUGAACACAAACUGAGCUUUUAAUUAUGGAAUCUUUUUCGAUAAUUUCCUUAACCCAGUUAUGUUCCAUAUCCUACGUAGAAAACCACAUUUCCUCUUCUUUUACACCUCUCCAAACCCAAGCUACCGUUCCUCCCUUGCAGAUAAAGAAAACCCAGAAACAAUUUCCUCACGAAGGUUAGUUUUAGUUCUCAUGUUGGGUUCCUUAAUCAUGGUUUAGUUCAGUCUUUUUUCUCUCACUUUUAUCGUGCUUUUGGUUUGAGUUUCUGGUAUGGGUACUUGGGUUUUCAAAUACCAAACCAAGAGGUCCGUCGUCGUUUUCUUGAACGUUUCAUUUCUCUUGGCGGCGUCUGUUUUUCUUGCGAUUCGUUUCAGUUCUUCAGAAUCUGUUGUUUUAAGCAGAUAUGGUACUUCUAAAUUCGACAAUAGUCAGCUGGAUUGUAAGAGUCUGGGGAAUUCAGAUGAUUAUGAAGCCAAGUGUUCUUAUCUCAAAGCCAGUGAUCCUUGUGUUUAUCAAGGCUAUAUCGAUUAUCUUCACCUUUUUUAUUGCAAUUUCGGACAAUUUCCCUUGUUGGGUCAUUUCCUUCUUCUUGUUUGGCUUGUUGUCUUGUUUUAUCUUUUGGGAAACACUGCCUCCGAAUACUUUUGUUAUUCUCUUGAAAGCUUGUCUAGCCUUUUAAAAUUGUCCCCUACACUUGCUGGUGUUACACUCUUGUCCCUUGGCAAUGGUGCCCCUGAUGUCUUUUCUAGCAUAGUGUCUUUCAUGGACAGCGGAACACAGGAUGUUGGGAUAAACACAGUUCUCGGUGGUGUUUUCUUUGUGACUUGUGUCGUCGUCGGGACCAUCGGAACUUUCGUGCACCGGAAACGAGUUCCGGUUAACAAACCGGCCUUCGUAAGAGAUGCUUGCUACCUCCUAUUGGUUCUUGCAUCCUUAAUUUUGAUACUGAGUAUCGGAGAAGUCAGUGUAUGGGCAGCGAUGGCCUUUUGUUCAAUGUAUAUUGUUUAUGUUAUCCUUGUGUACAUCAUGUAUAUUGUCUGGAAUUCUGGUCAAACGGGCAACAUUGAUUCCUAUUCGAGCUGUAACAGCGAUUUGAGCAUACCGAUUUUGAACGGAAUUGGGAAAACGGAGAUCGAUAAUUUAGAGGCAGGGGAUUUGGAAGAUGAGAAAGGAGAUGGAUUCAGGAGAUGUUGUUUGUGUUUAAGAAUAUCAGAUACAUGUAGUAUGUUACUUUGGAUACUUGAGAUGCCUCUUUAUUUACCUAGGAGAUUGACAAUCCCAAUUGUUUGUCAAGAAAGAUGGUCUAAACCAGUUGCGGUUGCUUCGGUGACCUUGGCACCAAUUCUCUUAUCCGUACUCUGGGAUCUUCAAGACGACGAUCUAACCUUCGAAACCGGCUUGGUGGUCUACGUAAUCGGGAUCCUGGUCGGAACUAGCUUCGGGGUUCUCGUGUAUUUGAAAACCGAAAAAUCUAGCCCGCCGAAGACGUGCUUGUUCCCGUGGCUAGCCGGAGGGUUUGUGAUGAGCGUGGUUUGGAGUUACAUCAUUGCUCAAGAAUUGGUUGCCCUAUUGAUUUCAACCGGCUACAUACUCGGAAUCAGUCAAUCGAUCCUCGGGUUCACGGUCCUUGCAUGGGGCAACUCACUUGGAGACCUGGUCACCAACUUGUCCAUGGCAUUGAAUGGUGGUCCAGAAGGGGUUCAAGUUGCUAUAUCAGGUUGCUAUGCAGGUCCAAUCUUCAACACUCUAUUUGGAUUAGGGGUGUCUUUGAUUGGGGCAGCCUGGCAUGGGUACCCUACACCUGUUCAGAUCCCCAAAGACCCUCAUCUCCUUCAAACAAUGGGAUUCCUUGUGGCUGCCUUGGUUUGGGCACUCUUGGUCCUACCGAUGAGAGAUAUGAAGCUCGAUGGGGUCCUUGGAGGAGGACUUUUCUUUAUCUACUUCACUUCCAUGUCCUUGAGGCUCAUUCAAGCUCUCUAACAUUGUACCUAAUAGCCUUACCCUACGUCGAUAGCGAAAUGCUAGGUGCAUGUAUAUAUUUCAUACUGAUAUGUCCAAUUUUUUAAAAG